AUGAACCUCUCGACUGCACAAAUAGGAGCUAGUUCCGGCAUCGGUCGUGCAUGCGCAGAACAUUUUGCUUCCUUGGGCUGUUUCUUAUCCAUUUCCGGCCGUAACGAAGAAAGGUUGAAGGCGGUCGCUCAAAACUGCGUUCAGAAGGGCCUGGAUUCUGACAAGGUACUGAGUACGCGAGCUGACAUCACCAGGAAGGAAGACUUGAAAUGUUUGGUGGACAGCACCAAACGCCAUUUUGGUAAAAUCAAUAUCCUGGUCAACAACGCCGGCAUUCUGGUCAGGGGGUCAGUCGCUGACUGCCCUAUUGAAGAAUACGAUCGCGUAAUGAACACCAACGUACGCGCCAUGAUUUCGCUCACUCAGCUGUGCAUUCCUGACCUGAUUCGUUCAAAAGGCUCGAUAGUGAACGUUUCAAGUAUUAACGGACCUUGCGCGUUCGCCGGCGUUGCCUACUACUGCAUCUCAAAAGCAGCUGUCGACCAGUUUACGAAAUGCCUCGCGCUGGAGAUGGCCCCACAUGGCGUUCGCGUGAAUGCAGUUAAUCCCGGCGUCGUAAAAACGGACCUGCAGAAAGCAUUUAUCGAACAUUCCAAAGAAACGCACGCACUCGGCCGAGUUGGAGAAUCGAUCGAAGUAGCUAAGGCGGUGGCAUUUCUCGCCAGUGACGAUGCGUCGUUCACGACAGGCAAUUUGUUUCGCAUUGACGGUGGUCGCGGUCUUAUGGUGCCCCGUUAA